AGUCCGGGUCUUGGCGGGACCCCUCCUCCCUCCCGCUCCCCGCGCUCUCGCCUUUUAAUCAUGCCUCUCUGUCUGUGUGUGAGUGCAGGCAGGCUGACAAUGAUUUCCUCAGUGAUUACGUACAGAGCGAGUCCCUGCGGGUUAGGGGCCCCCUCUGGAGCCAUCCUGAUGGCUUUGGGGGCCUUGCUUCCAUUUUCCAUUAUUAUGUGGACUACCGGAGCGACAGCGCAGUCCAAGACCUUGCAGGAUGUCUCGCCGCAAGCAAGCGAAACCGAGAUCCCUCAAAGACCCCAGCUGUAAACUUGAAGACAAGACUGAAGAUGGAGAGGCAAUAGAUUGUAAGAAGAGGCCGGAAGACGGGGAGGAGUUGGAAGACGAAGCUGUGCACAGCUGUGACAGCUGCCUCCAGGUGUUUGAAUCACUGAGCGAUAUCACAGAACACAAGAUUAAUCAAUGUCAACUGACAGAUGGAGUGGAUGUUGAAGAUGACCCCACUUGCUCUUGGCCAGCUUCUUCACCGUCUAGCAAGGACCAGACUUCCCCUAGCCAUGGAGAAGGUUGUGAUUUUGGAGAAGAAGAAGGUGGCCCUGGACUUCCAUACCCAUGUCAGUUCUGUGACAAAUCGUUUAGCCGCCUCAGCUACCUAAAGCACCAUGAGCAGAGUCACAGUGACAAACUGCCUUUCAAAUGCACCUACUGCAGUAGGCUGUUCAAACACAAGCGUAGCCGAGAUCGCCAUAUAAAACUGCACACAGGGGACAAGAAGUACCACUGCAGUGAGUGUGAUGCCGCGUUCUCCAGAAGUGACCACUUGAAGAUCCACUUAAAGACUCACACGUCCAACAAGCCAUAUAAAUGUGCCAUUUGUCGCCGUGGGUUCCUGUCCUCUAGCUCCUUACACGGACACAUGCAGGUUCAUGAGAGGAACAAGGACGGUUCCCAGUCUGGGUCCAGGAUGGAGGACUGGAAGCUGAAGGACACUCAGAAGUGCAGUCAGUGCGAGGAAGGCUUUGACUUCCCGGAAGACCUCCAGAAGCACAUUGCGGAGUGCCACCCGGAAUGCUCUCCCAACGAGGACCGAGCAGCCCUCCAGUGUGUCUACUGCCAUGAGCUCUUUGUAGAGGAGACCUCUCUCAUGAACCACAUGGAGCAGGUGCACGGUGGGGAGAAGAAGAACUCGUGCAGCAUUUGUUCUGAGAGUUUCCACACAGUCGAGGAGCUGUACAGCCACAUGGACAGUCACCAGCAACCAGAGUCAUGCAAUCACAGCAACAGCCCGUCCUUGGUCACGGUGGGCUACACCUCCGUGUCCAGCACGACUCCAGAUUCCAACCUCUCAGUGGACAGCUCAACAAUGGUGGAAGCUGCCCCACCAAUCCCAAAGAGUCGAGGGAGGAAGAGGGCUGCUCAGCAAACCCCUGACAUGACUGGCCCCUCAAGUAAACAAGCAAAAGUUACCUACAGCUGUAUUUACUGCAACAAACAGUUAUUUUCAAGUCUUGCAGUUCUGCAGAUUCACCUGAAAACUAUGCAUUUAGAUAAGCCAGAACAGGCCCAUAUUUGUCAGUAUUGCUUAGAGGUACUGCCCUCACUCUAUAACCUAAAUGAACAUCUUAAGCAAGUGCACGAAGCUCAGGACCCAGGUCUGAUUGUUUCUGCCAUGCCUGCCAUAGUCUACCAGUGCAACUUCUGUUCUGAAGUUGUCAAUGACCUCAACACUCUUCAGGAACACAUCCGAUGUUCUCAUGGAUUUGCAAACCCUGCAGCUAAAGAUAGUAACGCAUUCUUUUGUCCCCAUUGCUAUAUGGGGUUUCUCACUGACUCUUCCCUUGAAGAGCAUAUAAGACAGGUCCACUGUGACCUCAGUGGCUCCCGAUUUGGGUCUCCAGUGCUUGGGACUCCAAAAGAACCAGUAGUAGAAGUCUAUUCUUGUUCCUAUUGUACAAAUUCGCCAAUAUUCAACAGCGUUCUUAAACUGAACAAGCAUAUCAAAGAGAAUCAUAAAAACAUUCCCUUGGCCCUGAAUUAUAUUCACAAUGGGAAGAAAUCAAGGGCCUUGAGCCCCCUCUCUCCUGUGGCCAUAGAGCAGACAUCUCUUAAGAUGAUGCAGGCAGUAGGAGGUGCACCUGCACGUCCAGCCGGAGAGUAUAUCUGUAAUCAGUGUGGUGCUAAGUACACGUCCCUAGACAGCUUUCAGACUCACCUAAAAACUCACCUCGACACUGUGCUUCCGAAAUUGACCUGUCCUCAGUGCAACAAGGAAUUCCCCAACCAGGAAUCCUUGCUGAAGCACGUUACCAUUCACUUUAUGAUCACCUCGACGUAUUACAUCUGUGAGAGCUGUGACAAGCAGUUCACAUCCGUGGAUGACCUCCAGAAACACCUGCUGGACAUGCACACCUUCGUCUUCUUCCGCUGCACCCUCUGCCAAGAAGUUUUUGACUCAAAAGUGUCCAUCCAGCUCCACUUGGCCGUGAAACACAGUAACGAAAAGAAAGUGUAUCGGUGCACGUCCUGCAACUGGGACUUCCGCAACGAGACCGACUUGCAGCUCCACGUGAAACACAACCACCUGGAAAAUCAAGGGAAAGUGCACAAGUGCAUUUUCUGCGGCGAGUCCUUCGGCACCGAGGUGGAGCUGCAGUGCCACAUCACCACGCACAGUAAGAAGUACAACUGCAAGUUCUGCAGCAAGGCCUUCCACGCCAUCAUCCUGCUAGAGAAACACUUGCGAGAAAAGCAUUGCGUGUUUGAAACCAAGACGCCCAACUGUGGAACAAAUGGCGCUUCUGAGCAAGUGCAGAAAGAGGAGGUGGAGCUGCAGACCUUGCUGACCAACAGCCAGGAGUCCCACAACAGUCACGAUGGCAGUGAAGAAGACGUUGACACCUCCGAGCCCAUGUACGGGUGCGACAUUUGCGGGGCAGCCUACACUAUGGAAACCCUGCUGCAGAAUCACCAGCUCCGAGACCACAACAUCAGACCCGGAGAAAGUGCCAUCGUGAAGAAGAAAGCCGAGCUUAUCAAAGGGAAUUACAAGUGCAACGUGUGCUCUCGAACCUUCUUCUCUGAAAAUGGCCUCCGCGAACAUAUGCAGACCCACCUGGGCCCCGUCAAACACUACAUGUGCCCUAUUUGCGGAGAGCGGUUUCCCUCCCUUUUAACUCUCACUGAACACAAAGUCACACAUAGUAAGAGUCUCGAUACCGGAAACUGCCGGAUUUGCAAGAUGCCUCUCCAGAGCGAGGAGGAGUUUUUAGAGCAUUGCCAAAUGCACCCGGACUUGAGGAAUUCGCUGACGGGCUUUCGCUGCGUGGUGUGCAUGCAGACAGUGACCUCCACCUUGGAACUCAAAAUCCAUGGGACAUUCCACAUGCAAAAGACAGGGAAUGGGUCUGCAGUCCAGACCACGGGGCGUGGCCAGCACAUCCAAAAACUGUACAAGUGCGCAUCUUGCCUCAAAGAGUUCCGUUCCAAGCAAGAUCUGGUGAAACUUGACAUCAACGGCCUGCCCUAUGGUCUUUGUGCCGGCUGCGUGAAUCUCAGUAAGAGUGGCAGCCCGGGCAUCAACAUCCCUCCCGGCACGAAUAGACCAGGCUUGGGCCAGAAUGAGAAUCUGAGUGCCAUGGAGGGUAAAGGCAAGGCAGGGGCACUGAAGACUCGCUGCUCGAGCUGCAACGUCAAGUUCGAGUCUGAGAGUGAACUCCAGAACCACAUCCAAACCAUCCACCGAGAGCUCGUGCCAGACAGCAACAGCACACAGUUGAAAACUCCGCAAGUGUCACCAAUGCCCAGAAUCAGCCCCUCCCAGUCGGAUGAGAAGAAGACCUAUCAGUGCAUCAAGUGUCAGAUGGUUUUCUACAAUGAAUGGGAUAUUCAGGUUCAUGUUGCAAAUCACAUGAUUGAUGAAGGACUGAACCAUGAAUGCAAACUCUGCAGCCAGACCUUCGACUCCCCUGCCAAACUCCAGUGCCACCUGAUAGAGCACAGCUUCGAAGGGAUGGGAGGCACUUUCAAGUGUCCAGUCUGCUUUACAGUAUUUGUUCAAGCAAACAAGUUGCAGCAGCAUAUUUUCUCUGCCCAUGGACAAGAAGACAAGAUCUAUGACUGUACGCAAUGUCCACAGAAGUUUUUCUUCCAAACAGAGCUGCAGAAUCAUACGAUGACCCAACACAGCAGUUAGUGCAAGUACACUCUCUCGAGGAGAAUUACUUUCGCGGCACAAAAAGGGAACAUGUUUUACUCUUUGCACGAAACUUUCAUUGUUAAUGUAUAUUAUUCAGAAACAUUGUAUUAUACCAUAAAACUUGUAUUAUCAAAGCUGUUGGAUGUUCAUGUGUUUGAACUUUUGAGCACCAGAUAGACUCCUUGUAAAUAAAGUGUUGCACAUGUAUUAUGUCGUCUGAUACUAAAAUGGUCUUAUAAAGACAAGUGGACUUGGGCCCUAUUCAGGCAAGAUUUUUAAAAAAAUAAAAUAAAAGUGUGAGCAAAAUGGCUUAAGACAAAGUAUUUUCGAGGAAGGAAGAUUAGAAACAACUGUUACUCGUGAGAUUAUGGUUGGACUUCCUUUUAUUUAUACUUAAGCCUAGAAUUUCUCUUUUGGUAUAUCAACGGUUAAAUCCAAGACUAUUUUUUAUUGCUGAAGAUUCUUGCAAACCGAGAAGAGAUGUUCUCACAGAACAGAACCCCACAGCUGGAUAAGGCCCGUAUAUAUAUUUGUAAGCCUUGCAAUGUGACAGGUAGCAUCACUAUAUAUGCAAUAGUUGUUAUGUAGACUGUCAAAGAAUUUUUUUUUUCCUGGAUACAUUUGAAGCUUUGAGUGUUCAAGGUUUUCCUUAAUGAUUUCACACAGCCAAAUUCUUGAAUCAGUUGAACUAACUUGUAUGUUACUGUUAUUAAUGUUUACUCUGCGGUCUGAACCUGGAGAUUACUGGAAUUGUUUUCCAAGAGGAAAUAAAUUCUGUUUACCAUUAGG